GCAAAAAAUCCGUGUAAAGAUUGGAAAUUGAAGUGGAGAAAGCACGAGGGAUUUUCACUUUCAGGGACAUCAGGAGAUAUUACUGUGAGUACUGUGGCCUUUGUUGCUCAAAGUAGUCUGUCAUCUCGUUCAAUAUCCUUACUCUCCACCAGGUAUUGCACUUGAUACUCCAACAUCUGUGCCAUUCGUUGGCGAAGGAGAACGACGAGCUAUUAAGCCAAAACCUGAUGAUCUGAUCUGAGAUCACUCCGUUAGCAUUACUCUCUCCGACUUGUAUUUCUCCUUGUGUUGUUUGUCGGGCCGCAACAAGUUUCAAAGAAGAUGACUGAGGUUGAGGCAAAUGAUGGUCCGACACCUGUUUUAGAUUUGGGAGCCGUUGUUGGAGAAUUGACUGUUGAAGAUGAUGCAGCUAGCGAUGAUGUCUCACUGGAGGGACUAGAGCAAGAGCUUCAAGAUUAUAAAACUGAUGAUGUAGUUGCUAUCAUACUGUCUAAAGGUACAAAAUUGCGGGACUACACCAAGGAUGUCGAGAAUAAUCUAAGGCAAAUUGAACUCGACUCUAUUGAGGAUUACAUUAAAGAAAGCGACAAUCUAGUCUCACUUCAUGAUCAAAUUCAUGAUUGUGACACCAUCCUGGCGCAAAUGGAAAAGCUUCUAAGUGGAUUUCAGGCUGAGAUAGGUUCAAUAAGUUCAGAUAUAAAGGUUCUUCAAGAAAAAUCUAUGGAUAUGGGGCUCAAGCUGAAGAAUCGUAAGGCAGCAGAGUCAAAAUUGGCUAAGUUUGUUGAGGAUAUCAUCAUCCCACCAAGAAUGGUAGACAUAAUAGUUGAUGGAGAGGUGAAUGAGGAAUACAUGAGAACCCUUGAGAUUCUCAGUAAAAAGCUGAAGUUCGUUGAAACUGAUACCAUGGUGAAGACUUCCCAAGCCUUAAAUGAUGUUCAGCCCGAACUUGAAAAGCUUCGUCAAAAAGCAGUUUCAAAGGUAUUUGACUUCAUUGUUCAAAAACUUAAUGCAUUAAGGAAACCCAAGACAAAUGUCCAGAUCCUUCAACAAAGUGUUCUUCUUAAAUACAAAUAUGUGAUUUUGUUUCUUAAGGAGCAGGGGAAAGAGGUAUAUCUUGAGGUUCGUGCUGCAUAUAUUGACACCAUGAACAAGGUUCUAAGUACAAAAAUCCGAGCUUAUAUUCAAGCCCUAGAGAAGUUGCAACUAGAUAUUGCAACAUCCAGUGAUUUGAUUGGUAUUGACACCAGAAGCACUAGUCUUUUCUCGAGAGGAAGGGAACCUUUGAAAAACCGUUCUGCAGUUUUUGCUUUGGGAGAAAGAAUAAACAUUCUCAAGGAAAUUGAUGAGUCUGCAUUGAUUCCACAUAUAGCUGAAGCCAACUCUAAAAAGUAUCCUUAUGAAGUCCUUUUCAGGAGCUUGCACAAGCUGCUAAUGGAUACUGCUGCCUCAGAAUAUCUUUUCUGCGAUGAAUUUUUUGGAGAACAGUCUAUGUUUUAUGACAUAUUUGCAGGUCCCUUUUCAGUAGUUGACGAGCAUCUAAAUACAAUUCUUCCAAAUUGUUUUGAUGCAAUAGGUCUGAUGCUCAUGAUUCGCAUUAUAUAUCAGCACCAGCUUAUAAUGUCUCGGCGUCGAAUACCAUGUCUAGAUUCGUACUUGGAUAAGGUAAACAUUUCUUUAUGGCCACGGUUUAAGAUGGUAUUUGACAUGCACCUCAACAGCCUGCGAAAUGCCAAUGUCCGGACUUUGUGGGAAGAUGAUGUACAUCCACAUUAUGUCAUGAGGCGCUAUGCUGAAUUUACAGCUUCUCUGAUUCAGCUUAAUGUUGAUUAUGGAGAUGGUCAGCUUGAACUCAACUUGGAAAGAUUGCGAAUGGCUGUAGAUGAUUUGCUUGUCAAGCUUGCCAAAUUGUUCCAGAAACAAAAGUUGCAGACAGUAUUUUUGAUAAAUAACUAUGACAUGACAAUUGCUGUAUUAAAGGAAGCUGGUUCUGAGGGGGGGAAAAUCCAACAACACUUUGAAGAGUUGCUGAAAAGCAAUACAACCAUUUAUGUGGAAGAACUUCUUGUGGAACACUUCAGUGAUCUAAUCAAGUUUGUAAAGACUAGAGCCUCUGAGGACCCAAGUUCUAGUUCUGAGCGUCCACUCACUGUGACUGAAGUUGAGCCUAUUGUCAAAGAUUUUGCCAGCAGAUGGAAAGCUGCCAUAGAGCUGAUGCACAAUGAUGUCAUCACUUCGUUUAGUAACUUCCUCUGUGGUAUGGAAAUCUUGAGAGCUGCAUUGACUCAGCUAUUGCUUUAUUAUACCAGACUUUCAGAUUGCAUGAAGAGAAUUGCUGGAGGGUCUGCUUUGAACAAGGAUUUGGUUUCCAUUUCUUCAAUAAUGUAUGAAAUUAGGAAAUACUCGAGGACCUUUUAA